GGUAUUUGCCCUGCGGCGAUUCGUGGGCGCGCCGCCGCUGCGCGGCUGCCGCCGCCGCCGCCGCAGUUCUCAGAGAGCGCCGUAGUGAGUGGACGCUGUGCCGGAGAGCUGAGAGGCGCUCCGUUUUCUUUGGACGGAACCCGAUAUAGCUCGGCCUGAGGGCCCUCUCCACACCUCCCGCCAUGACCCGCUGGCUGUGCCCGCUGGCGCUACUCGCGCUGACCCCAAUCGCCUGGGGCCACGUCGCGCUGACCUUUCCACCGGCGCGCAAGUUUGACCUGGACUUUCUGGAUUCGUUCCGCACCAAGCCGCCAUGUGGAAUGCCCAAAGGCGAGGUAAAAACGUCCAUCCGCGCCGGCUCUUCAUUCAACGUGUCAUGGCAUCUGGGAUACCCCCACCAGGGUGGCUACAAGCUCGAGCUGCUGGACGCCAACGAAAAGGUCAAGAUGGCUUUGACCGUGGGCGCCAACGAGAAGGGCUUCAACGACCAGGACACCACUGCCCAGGAGCAGACGGUGACCCUACCGGAGGGCUACGAGUGCCUGGACUGCUCGAUUCGUCUGGUGCGCCAGGCCAACGAGUGGAGCCCGCGCUACAACUUCUGGAGCUGCGCUGACGUCGACAUCGUCGGUAACGACUACAGGGAGGACUGUAACGGUCACGGACGUGCCUCGUUCGGAAAGUGCCGCUGUGAGAAGCGCUGGUACGGAGAGCGAUGCCAGUUCUCGAACGAGUGCGAGGAAGACAAGCACUGUGGAAGGUACGGCAAGUGUGUCGACCUGGCUGCCACCUCGUACCCGAAGAAACAGUGCUUCUGUCGCGUCGGCUACUUUGGCAAAAACUGCGAGCAGAGAAAUCCUGCCGGUAUGCGCAAGCCCAUCACGAACCUGGGCCUGUACCAGAAGAAGGAGCUCUCGCCCGAGUUCACCCUCUACUGGCGCCAGCUGCGCGACAUUGGCGAGAUCGAGAUGGUGAUGCAGGUCCGCGGUCAGAGCUACGCCGCCGUCGGCUGGCGGCCCAACGGCCUGGACGGCACGUGCAAACACUUCCCGGCCAUCGAGGUCACCCACACCUCCACCGGAGGAGAGGGAGCCCACCCGGAGCCGGAGCCGGAGCCAGAGUCGGAGCCGGAGCCUGAGGCCGAGGCGGAGCCGGAGCCGGAGCCUCAUGCCGAGCCAGAGCCAAGCAGUGAGCCAGAACCGGAGCCGAGCAGCGAACCGGAGCCAACUAGUGAGCCAGAACCGGAGCCAAGCAGUGAGCCGGAGCCAUCGAGCGAGCCGGAGCCAACCAGCGAGCCGGAGCCGGAGCCGAGCAGCCAGCCGGAGCCGGCGGACGAAGGCGAGAAGCAGGCGUCAGGUAAUUCGCGGAUGGAUAAGUUCCGUUCCGGCGGGUUCCGUCGUCAGGCGAAGGGGUCGCGCACUCGUGUCGCCGUGCCCGCCGCUCUGCUGUCCGGCGGUGUCACUGUGCGCGACGACGAUCGGCCGCAGCGUGUGCGCUCUAUCGGCGGUGUUGACGUCAUCACUCGUCAGAAGAGGCAGGCGGAGUCGGACACCCACAGCGAGCCGGAGCCGGAGCCGGAGCACGAGCCAAACUCUGAGCCGGAGCCCAGCUCCGAGCCAGAGCCGACCAGCGAGCCGGAGCCUGAACACGAGCCAAGCUCGGAGCCAGAGCCCGAACACGAGCCAAACUCGGAGCCAGAGCCUGAACAUGAGCCGUCCGCGGAGCCGGAGCCAGAACACGAGCCGGAGCCGGAGCCUAAAUCGGAGCCGGAGCCGGAGCCAUCGGCCAAGCCCGCCAAGAAGAAGAAGCCGGCGAGCACGGCCCGCGUGGGCUACUACCCCGGCGGCGACUUCCACGCCAUGGACUGCACGGACAUCGUGAUCGGUGCUGCGCGCGGCGAGUUCGGCCGCGUGGGCGACUUCUACACGCGCGACCGGUCCACCCCGCGCGAGGAUGAGUUCUGGGGCGGCAGCGGCAGCCUGACGGCCGCGCUGGCCUACGAGCAGGAUGGUGUCACCACCGUGGCGUUCAGAAGGAAGAUUGAUGCCUCGGAGCCGACUGACCACACGAUCGCCGACGAGCUGAUGCACGUGAUCUGGGCGCGCGGCCAGCAGUCUGGCGACUACAUGCACCGACCCAAGUCUGGCCUGGAGGCCGGUAGCGCCUCGGUGCCCAACUUCUACCGUCCCGACGAGCUCAAGUACCACGGCCACGGCGGCCAGCGCGGCGUCUCCAGUAUCUCAUUCCUGGAGGGCGACGAGUCCGGCCAGGAGUUCAACCCGCAGGCGUACGAUUUCUGCGGCGCCGAGUGGCGCUGGCCGCCCACCUGCGCCAUGGACGCCGCCGACUGCGAGUACGCCGUCCGCUGGGAGCUGCUGGAGCCGAGCGACGAGAUCCGCUUCACCGUGCAGAGCGCCUCCGAUGACGUCUGGACGGGCGUGGCGUUCUCGCAGACGCCCAGUAUGCCGGCCAGUGACGUGGUGCUGGGGUAUGUGGUGGGCUCCGGCCGGCCCGUCGUGGUCGAUGGAUGGAUGGCCGGCCAUCUCCCACCCGUCAAGGACUCGCAGCAGAACCUGAAGAACAUCACUGGAUCGGUGCGUGACGGACGGCAGGAGAUCUCGUUCGUCCGGCCGCGCCAGUCUAAAGACAGCAAGGAUCUCUCCUUCACCGAGGACGAGUGCCUGUACAUGCUGUUCCCGAUCAAGGGCGGCGCCUACCUGAAGAGGUCGAAGCGCUUCUCGAAGCACGUCCAGACCCCGAUCGUGUCUGCUGAGAAGAUCUGCAUCAAGUCCUGUGCCAACGGAGCUCCCAAGCUGGGGAAGGACGGGAAGCCGCUGCCGCCGCCGCCGCCGCCCAAUGUCGACUAUGACGUCGAACUGAAGCUGCGAGGUCUGGUCGAACCGGCCGCCGUGCCCCAGCAGGGCUCGGAGGAGUUCAACAUCCUCAGUGAGCGCAUCAGGAACGACGUCAUGUCGGUGCUGAAGACGGUGCCCGGGCUGAAGACCAGCUCCGUCAAGGUCACGGAGUUCAAGGAUGACGGCGGCGACGUGGUGGCCAAGAUGAGCCUCCAAGUCGACCGUAAGCGGAUGGACCGCGAGCUGAAGCGGGUCGAGGAGACCGAGGAGCAGGCGGUGACGCUAGAGCGUGUGCUCAGCGAGUCGGUGGCCACCGGUAUGGUGGGCAACCUGCAGGUCAACCCGCAGUACCUGGUCGUCCAGCCAAGGAAAGCCCGCAGUCUGGAGGCGAGCGGCCCGAUCACCCAGGAGCAGUGGGAUGCCGAGGCCGUCAAGCUGUACAUCAUUCUGGCGGCGGUGGCGGCGCUGAUCCUCCUGGCCAUUAUCCAGGCGGCCUGCACCCUGGCCAGGAACCGCCGCGCCGCGCCGGCCGCCCGCCAGCCCAAACCCACGGCCAAGGACAAGCUCAUCACCAACUCGGCCUGGCGUGACAUGGCGGCUCACAGCAACUACGGUUACGAGAGUUACGAGGCGGACGCGGCCACCAACGGGCGGCCGUCCAAGGGGGGCCGCGGCGCGCCGGCGACCGCCCACGCGCCCUCGCCGCCCCAGAUGGUGGAGACGCGCUCGCUGCAGCGGCCGCGCUCUGGGCCGCCGCCGGGCGGCGACCGGUCCACCUACAGCCUGCCGCGGCCAGGCAGCCAGUUCUCGGCGGCCACCUACCACCCGUCGGGCGAGCGGCGCUCGGCCACGCUGCAGCGCGGCGCCGGCGGCCCAGAGGCGGCGCCCGACUUCUACUUUAUGCCCAGCCAGCGAAAGUAUUCCGGGGAGGUGGUCAGGGUGUAUGUGGACUAUAGCAAGCAGCAGUGAGCAGAGGAUAUAGGGUAGAGGAGUGCUUGGAGUGGAACCGGUCCAGACCCGCUGUGAGAAGUAUUUUGGGUCAGAGAGACGCUCGCUCGGGUGAAAUGGGCAGUUAGAGCUAUUGACUCUGUGGAAUCUUUAGGCACCCCAGCGAGGACUUGUUUCUCGCUAAGGGAAUCUGCGACGACCAGUGAUGUGAACUGACAAUCGGAGCCUGCCAAAGCGCACUCCUGGACCCCUGGCGGCGGUCUGUCGAAACUGUCAUUCAGCCAGGUCCGCUGGUGGCGAAGGCACCAGAAAACUCACCCUCUGGUGGCUCCUGGGCCCGUCAAGCCGCCAUCAUCUACGCUGUCCCGUAUGUGAACCUGUCGAAGAAAGAGGAGGGUUUAUCCCUUCUCAGUUUUCGCCCACCAGCGUCGCAGCUGCUCAAUGGAGACGCUGACCCGGACCAAAGCGUCCGUACCCGACUCCGUCCUUGUGUUAGCGGGAGAGAACUGAUCGGACUCCCGCUGCCCCUCGUGGUCGUGUAUGUAGAGUGGAUAACGCGCGUGGAAAAAUCUUAUCAUGAGCGUGAGCGGUACUGAUUGGACUGUUGUGCAUCAUUCGUAAAUGUAUUUGUGAAUCUCUGACUGCGUUCGUUGAUGUGCCGCGAUGAUACCUGGCUGGCUGAUACUAUAUGAUACUUGAUACUGUUUCGUUUAGUGCGAGAUAUAUCAUGGAUUUUGCGACGUGUGGCGGUGUACUCAGUCUGACAUUGUGUAAGUUCUCAUCGUGACCGUUUCAUCUGAUGUGACUCGAUUUGUCGUGAGGGACUAUGGCCGGGAGUUUUGCAAGGCGUUGUGAUGGCGCCUUUCUGUAUCAAGCCCGACUGGGCGUUUUUCGUCCUCUCACGGCGCUAUGAAGACAACGCUUCGUCGUUGUUUUGACUGAAUAAACUAAGUAAGGACUCA